AUGCAUAGCGUGAACGACUCGAGCAGCCUGUGCGGCUCCAAGAGCCUCUACGACUCGGAUAGCGCCUUUUCCAUGACGCCACACAGUGCGAUACUGCAGUUUGACUUUCGCUCGAAAGACCGCCCGCCGACUUCUACGCGUGUGGUCGACGAGCCGACUUUGAGCCGGAAGCAGCACGUGACCGACAUGAUUACGUCACUGCACGAGAACAGGACGAGCGUGAAUAUAUGGCAGGUGGGCUUUGGUGCCGCGCUUGGUCUCAUGCUCGGUGUGAUGCUUAUCCAUUACAACGUUGGUGGGGCGUGGGCUGACUGGCUUGCGAUGCCUGGCCAUCUCUUUAUUGCAGCACUGAAGUGUCUAGUGACGCCAAUGGUGUUCUGCAACGUCAUUGUAUGUAUCGGUGAGCUGGUGGAAGCCGGCAAGGCCGCGUCGAUUGGAAGACGAAUGAUCUUCUCAUUCGCCGUAGCGUCCAUCACGUCAUCAUGUACCGGUACGCUGUUCGCCUUCGCCAUGUCGAAGCUCUAUCAUUCGAGUGCUGUCAUACCGAUCAAGCAAGCUUUCCCGUUGCUGAGCUUCCAGUGUGCUGACGGCAAAUACCUCUCCUACGCGUCGAAUGGAACGAUUGCAUGCAGCUCGAAGAACGGCACGAUGCCGAACAGUCUAUUUGAGCUGAAGGACGUAAGUGGCUACUUACUGAUGUCGGAUACAGAGUACGCGAAUCUGAACGUGUCGGAGCAGAUUUUUACAAUCUUGAAGGACCUCGUGCCGAACAACAUUUUCGACUCGUUUUCUGGGACCUCGACACUGGGCGUGAUCGUGUUUGCAAUGGUCAUGGGGGUUGCACUAUUGAAGAGUGUGGACAAAGGAACAGGAGUGGACAACUAUCCUCUUCUUAUGGUGACACACGCAAACACAGUGAUCCUCUUGCUUCUAAACAUGGUGGUGAAGUAUACUCCAAUUGCCGUCGUCUCCUUGAUCGCGGGCUCAAUCGCUGGCUACAGCUCGUCAUUGGUACUGAUCAAAGGAAUUGCCUUUCUGGCUGGCACUUUGAUUGUCGCGCUGCUUUCGCUUACGAUCGGGAUCUUCGGACUGGCGCUUUUUGUGACGACUCGGCGAAAUAUCUUCACGCACUUGUGGCACGUGCUCCCUGCUCAGCUUUUCAUCUUUGGAUCUUCCAGUUCAAUUGCAGCCUUGCCGAUUACGUUGCGGUGUAUGGACGAUACGGAGGAAGUGCCGUGCCAGAUCUCGAGAUUCAUCCUGCCGCUUGGUGCCACAUGUAAUCUGAAUGGCACGGCCGUUUACAUGCCGCUAGCGUGUGUCUUUUUGGCGAAAGUUGGUGGAUACGAUGCGUUGCUGACGCCUCUGCGCUUCGUCCUGUUGGCAUUUGUAAGCGCCAUUGCGUCAUUCGGUGUUGCUGGCGUGCCCCACGCUGGUUUGGUGAUGGUGCUUACUGUGUGGCGGACAGUUUUCGGUGUAGAUGUGCCCGUAGUAUUCACAAUCUUGGCGAGUACGGACUGGAUUCUAGACCGCCUACGGUCUGUAGUAAACAUGACAAACGAUACUAUCAUCGUACGAAUCAUCGCUGCACAGCAGACGGAAGACAUCGAUGUGUGA